AUGUCUCGUAGUAAGGAUUCACUGAUUACAAAAACAAGUAUGAAAAUACCAGAUUUGAGUGUUUUUGUAUGGCGUGAUAUGCCGAACAAGAACAAAGAAAAUGUACAUACGGAUUGCAGCAUUGGUCGCAUUCCAUCGGAUAUAUCGAUUGUAUUCGAAUACAACGUAUUGGAGGAUGACCCCACGUCCACUCCACUUGUAGCAUUGCGUCGUUCGUUAAGUGACAAGUUUAUAAAUACACAGCAAAGAUUAAGGCUGCGGUUAACGGGUGGUACGAAGAAGAAACGGAAGGGAUUGAAGUUGAAUGACUCUGAUCUGGUGGCGAUUAACGUGACUGGCGUGGAUAAUGCAGAAUUGACAGAAAAUGCAGAUUUGGUAGAAUUAAUUUUGCAGCUUUCAUCGACGAACGAAGAUAUAUUUUUCAAUAACGCCAAUGUGAAUUCACUACGAAUUGGUGAUAAGGAAUAUCGAUUGAUCAGAAACGCUUUGGAUUGUUCCAGUCUAUCAGUGGCGCUGAGACCGAUCGUGGGAUGUCCCUUAAUGGCUAGCUUCGAUAUGCGUUCCGGUUCAAAAGAAUAUGAACCGGUAUUCCAUUGGUACGUUGGAGCAGAAUCGCAAUCAGCUGUGAAACCAGAAGAAAUUGAAUCGUCUGAUAAAGGUUACUUACAAACUUUAUAUCACCAUUUCACUUUUCAACUUACUUCAGGCAGUAGAUCCUUCAAUUUGCCUGGUUGGCAAUGGCGUCAUCGAGGCCGUUUCUUCGUACCGGACGAAAAAGAUAUCGGUAAACGAGUUUGCGUUCUCAUCGACUUGGGUCGAGACACGAUCACGCGGUGUGCCAUAUCCACUGAACUGAUCAGCAAUAGGCCCGAAGAACCGUACAUCUUUGAGAGGCGACAGGCUGACUACUGCACUGAAUGGCAACAGGACGGGUUUCGUGUGAUGUCAUACAAUAUCCUUGCUGCACUCUAUCUGAAUUUGGAGCAGGAACAGGAAGAUUUAUUUUUCCCGUAUUGUCCAAAAGAAUAUCAGCUGUACGGAUAUCGUUAUCCAAUGUUAUUGCGUGAAAUACCAGGAUAUAAAGCGGAUUUGAUAUUUCUGCAAGAGGUUGACGAUCGUUUGCAAAUGCGUUAUUUACCUGCACUGCUACGUGAAUAUGGCUAUGAGUGUUACUUCAAGAAGAAAGCUAUUCAAGUGAAUGAAGGUCUUAUGAUUUGUUUUCGUAGAAAACAUUUCAGGCUUCUUGAGACGUACGACAUGUGGUUAACGGAUCUGCUGGAUUUGGAGAAAUUUCCCGAGAAUGAAGAAAUUGUGAAUUUACUCGAACGAGAUCCAGCAGCUAAAAAUCUUUUCGUCACAAGACCGACCGUAAUUCAGGUUUAUUUUUAUUGUUUUAUCACUUAUUGGACGUGUUUAGCAUAUCUGAAACAUUAUAUACGGGAUUGGAAUUUGUCUCAUUUUCAGCUGGUUUCAUUGGGUGUUUCGAAAGACUGCGAUUCUGUGGGCGGGGAUGGAAGAAGUGUGAUAUUGGCAGCGAAUACACAUUUGUACUUCGACCCACGGCAUGAACACAUCAAAGUAUUGCAAACGCUUUUGUGUGCGCGUUACAUUGCCAGGAUCAGUGCUCAUCUGCAGAGGUCGAAUCCGAAUUCGAAAGUUUAUCAUCUUUUUGGAGGUGAUUUCAAUAGUACACCCGAAGGAGGUGUUUAUGAAUUGCUCACGCAAGGUGAAAUAUCAAAGGAUAAUGAAUGUUGGAAAUGUAAUGAAAUGAUGGGUGGUGCAACUAUGGGAACUGCCUUUGAGAAGAGGAAUAAUAUCAAAUUCACGAGUUUAGUGGAUAAUCCAGAAGUGACGAAUUAUACGCGAUUCGAAGGACCGAAUGGUGAAGAACGUGGUUUUGAGGGAUGUUUAGAUUACAUUUGGGGCAGUGAUAAUGUCAAGGUGAAUUACGUCAUUCCGAUGCCAUCCGAUAAACUCUUGUCGAAGCACACGGCGUUGCCGUCGGUGAUAGCACCAAGCGAUCAUUUACCAAUCAUGUGUAAUAUUGCUUUGGAAUAA